GGCCUGGGACACAGGGCAGCAGACUGGGAUAUGCAAAGCGAAGAGUAGCCUAAUUGUCAAGUCUAGAUCUAACAAAAACAGUGUCCCAAGAUCAUGGCAUAUUUCCCUGAAACUGGAAGAACUGAUCAAGAAACACAGCUAGUCGACUUGUCCUUGUGUGAACGGCAGCCGGAAAGCCUUGAGAACUUAUUCCUCGACCCGGACAUGGCACAGGAGAAAAUGGAACUAGGUUUCGAGUCGCUGCCGAGUUCCGCUAUCGCAGACAGCACCAUUCCGAGAAGAGUCAACAGUGCCCCUUUGAUCAAUGGACUUGGUUUGAAUUCACAGGUGUUGCAAGCUGACAUGUUAAGAAUUCGUACAAACAGAGCAAUGUUUAAGAAUCGACGUUGUCUGUUGUUGCCACCUUCUCCCUUUCGUGGUUCCAUCAGCCGCCUUCAUCAAAUCAAACAGGAAGAAGCCAUGAAUUUAAUAACUAGAGAAACAAUGUAUGAAUGGAAAAUACAAACUGAGAUACAGAUAAGUCAAUCUUGGGAAGAAGGCUUGAAACUGAAUGACAAUGGCUCACAGAAAUCAUCCUCUCUAAAGUGCAUUGAUUUAACACCAGUAUCCUCAAUGGCUUCUUCCAUCAAGAAGACUGGGAAGCAGUAUUUCUCUCCAUCAUUACAAACUUAUGUGAGUUGCACUGGUUCUCCUUCAAGUCACAUUCCCAGUCCUACGCAACAAUACAUCAUGUGGAAUGGCAUUUCCAGAUCAACCAAAAAGGAUUUUCCAAGGCACAACCAACAUACUUUCUUCUGAUACUUCCCAACUGUCAGAAGAUAAUGUGUGUCUAUUUCCAGCUACUUUUGAUGGAAACAACAGCAAUGCUGGGUCUUUUGGUAAUUCAUCAACUGAAAUGGGCACCGUCAGAAACUCUCCUUUGUCACCUUCUGAUACUGGUUCUCAUUUGUUCUAGCAGUCGAACUUUCAACUAAAUGAUUCACCCAUCCCAAGACUUUGUCACCAAUGGAGAAACACACACAUCAAGCAAAUCAAGUCAGAGCAAUGAGAAUUGUACUUUUUAAUUUAAACUAUCUCCUAUUUAUCUUUUUUCCUCAAUUUCCUAAAAUUCUAUUUAUCUACAGAACUUGCGUGUAUAAUUUUUGUGUCUGUCCUUAAAUUCAAUGUAAUAAUAUUUUCAAAGAUGUUUUCCAAAUAAGAACUAUGUUGAAGAUACAAGCAUAAAUUGUUAGGCUGCUAUUGUCUAGAAAAUGCUGUACCUUGACUUUUUGAAAUAAUCUUAUGAAACAUAAUUCUGAUAAAAUAUAAUCGUUCAAUUAACAAAGUAAAAUGAUGUUUGACAGUUAUGUACUUAAUGGUCCAUGCUAGUCUUUAAUGCUAUUUUCAGUAACUACUAGCUUCCACUUGGUGAAGAAAAGUCACAUAUCAAAGGCAAUUUUUAUGACUGAGUUAUACCAUACCGAUCCAAGGAUUGCUUAUUUUGCACAUGAAUCCUUAGAUAUUCAAUUUGUUGGGAAGCAGUAGGUAGAAGAGCAAGAUGAAUUAAAGUUAAUUGAAUAGAAAGAAAAUAAUAUGUAAUUGAGGCUUCACUCAAUUUGUACUCAACCUGAUUAACCCUGAUUAAUUUUGUAUUCUAAUUAAGUGUGGGAAGAUAUUGAUAAAUUGUAGUCUUUCACAUUUUUAUCAUUUACAUUUUAUUCAUCAUCAUGACUACUGAUUUGAUUAAAUACAGGCUUAAUAUGUUAGGGCUUUUCUGCCAAAA